GGAGGCGCCCGUCGGGUGGGCCCCACCGCUCUGGCCCCGUCAGGCCCCUUCUCACUGCGCUGCGGCGGGCGGAGGCGGAGGAAGGAGAAGCCCAUGGAAGGGAACCGCGACGAGGCGGAGAAAUGCAUCGGCAUCGCCCGCGAGGCCCUGGAGGCCGGCAGCCGGGAGCGGGCGCUGCGCUUCCUCAACAAGGCCCAGAAGCUCUACCCCACCGAGACCGCGAAAGUAUUGUUGGAAGCAAUUAUGAAGAAUGGGAGUGCUGCUGGGAGUGGUGCUUACUGUCGCAAGCCAGCAAGUGGCAAUGACCAGAGUAAACCCAAUGGUAUGAAGGACAGCAGUGCAUCUGCUGCGGGUGAAAUUGGGAAGACUUACACCAAAGAUCAAGUGGAAGGCGUACAGAGUAUAAAGAAAUGUAAAAAUUACUAUGAAGUCCUUGGAGUGUCCAAAGAUGCUUGUGAAGAAGACUUGAAGAAAGCCUAUAGAAAGCUUGCUCUGAAGUUUCAUCCUGACAAAAACCGUGCCCCGGGAGCAACAGAAGCUUUUAAAAAGAUUGGAAACGCAUAUGCUGUGUUAAGCAAUCCAGAAAAACGAAAACAGUAUGACCUCACAGGAAGUGAAGAGCCGUGCAGUCAUCCCAGCAAUGGUAGAUUUAAUUUCCACAGGGGUUGUGAAGCAGACAUUACUCCAGAGGACCUAUUCAACAUGUUCUUUGGAGGGGCAUUUCCAACAGGUAGCGUGCAUUCAUUUUCUAAUGGGCGGUCUGGCUACAGUCACCAGAAUCAGCAUCGUCAUAGCGGACAUGAGAGAGAGGAGGAGAGGGGUGAUGGUGGCUUCUCUAUGUUCAUCCAGCUGAUGCCAAUUAUUGUGUUGAUUCUCGUCUCUUUACUGAGCCAGCUGAUGGUGUCUAACCCUCCUUAUUCCUUAUACCCAAGAUCGAGUUCGGGUCAGACCAUUCAGAUGCAGACAGAAAACUUGGGUGUCGCUUAUUAUGUCAACAAGGACUUUAAAAACGAAUACAAAGGAGCAUCACUACAAAAGGUGGAAAAGGGCGUGGAAGAGGACUACAUAUCCAAUAUUCGAAAUAACUGUUGGAAAGAGAGGCAACAAAAAACAGAUUUAUUAUAUGCAGCAAAAGUGUACCGUGAUGAACGUCUUCGGAGGAAAGCAGAAGCCAUUUCCAUGGACAACUGCAAAGAGCUGGAACGGUUGACCAGCCUCUAUCGAGGAGGAUGA